CAGCAAAACUUUAUUAAAUGAGAAACAUAGUCGGCGUUAUUGUGGUGAGUAGGUUUAUGCAGGGAAUUUGACAAACUAAUCUUUUGCCCACUUUGUGCUCCUAAGUCGUGUUUUUUUUGGUAAUCGAUUCGCGAUCAGUCACAGUCUGUAAUCUGCUUCGAAACAGAAGGUCGGGAUUUUAAGCACAACGUGUUGGUUUAGGCAUUCUUUGCCGAGACUUAUUAAUAAAUGGUUAAUUGAACCCAGCAAAAUGAAGAUCGAGUUUGCUCCGCUGAAUAUUCCCUUGCGAAGGCGCCUUCAGACGGCGGCUGUCGUUCAGUGGGUUUUCUCCUUCCUCGCUCUGGCCCAGUGCUGCUUGGCUCUCUUCCUGCUGCUGUGCCUCAGCCAGUGGUGGGUUCUCGCAGUGCUCUAUGCCGGCUGGCUCUACCUGGACCGGGACACGCCCAUCAGGGGGGGGCGCCGCUCCCACUGGGUCCGCGGCUGGACUGUGUGGGCCUACUUCAAGGACUAUUUCCCCAUCUCGCUGAUUAAGACCGUGGAUCUCGAUCCCAAACGCAACUACCUGUUUGGCUUCCAUCCCCAUGGCGUCUUGGUCGCUGGGGGGUUUGGGAACUUCUGCACGGAGGCCUCUGGGUUUGCGACCCUCUUUCCAGGCCUGACACCAUACCUGCUGAUGCUGCCUUUUUGGUUCCGUGUUCCGUUCUUCAGGGAUUACAUCAUGUCCGGCGGUCUAGUGUCCAGUGAGAAGAGCAGCGCAAGUUACAUCCUAAGCCAACCUGAGGGCGGUCAUGUGGCAGUGGUGACUAUAGGGGGCGCUCCAGAGUCACUGGAGGCUCGGCCAGGAGCCCUGAAGCUGCAAGUGCUCAACAGGAAAGGAUUCAUCAAGCUGGCUCUCAAACACGGGGCCCAGUUGGUGCCUGUAUUCUCAUUCGGGGAGAAUGAGCUGUUUGAUCAGAUGGAGAACCCUGUGGGCUCGCCCCUACGCGGCAUCCAGGAUCGGCUGCAGAAGGUCAUGGGCGUGGCCCUGCCUCUCUUCCACGCCCGGGGCAUCUUCCAGUACAGCUUCGGUCUGCUGCCCUAUAGGAAGCCCAUCCAUACAGUUGUUGGCCGACCCAUCCAAGUUGUCCAGAACCCCUGCCCAAGUCGAGAGGACAUUGAUGCUCUCCACAAGACCUACCUAGAUGGACUUAUCCAGCUCUUCGAGGAGAACAAGGCGAACUACGGCAUCUCGGAGGACAAGCACCUGACCUUCAUCUAAUGUUUGGCUUUUAACAAGUUUCUCGGCGUCUACCUCUUCUGGCUCCAGCCUCUGUCGUCCUACAUUUUAAGCAUCGGUAUCCUGCUACAUGAAGAAUAUAGGAAAAUAACAUGGGGAAGAUUACAGUCAAUGUCUGCUCGAAUGGAAGAGAAAAUGUUUUCAUUAUGGAGGAAUGAAACACCACGUGAAACGGAACUCCAACCAGAUCCUGGGCAGCCGAGAAUCAUUUAGGAUGAUGCCUGUUGCAUCAGAAGGUCAUUCUGUGUGUCUGUCUCAGGAAUGAGGUGAAUGUUGAUGUUCUUUAACAUUUCCAGUUUUUCCAUAUUAUUGUUACCCCUGUUAUUGCCUGUUGCCUUGAAGGAUACUUAAAUUAAAGCAACUGAACACUGGUGCCCCUUGUGUGUUGGGUAACUACUUUCGUUUAAUGGAGCCGACAACCGUGGUUGAGUAACAGUCUUGUCUACAAUCAAAUCAGAGGUCCAGCAUUUGAGGAAGGUGAAAGUAGGAGCAUGAGACCUCACCAGGAAGCAAGGGAGGUCUCACACACCUCUUAGAGGACUGUUAGAUCUUUCUGCUAACCCAGGUUCUUGUACUUCUCCACAUCCUCUGUCUGCACCACUCUGGGCUCGUUCGUUCAUGGCCUUUUGGUCCGUUGGGGGUAUCUACAUGCACAUCUAAAUGAUAUUCUACUUGUGUUACGAGCAGUGUAGGCUGUCCUGCGAACGGGGCAGUUUGAGUCGGAAUCCAGCAGCGCAGCUGUAAUCAAUGGGAUGAUUCAUAAUGGGGAAAUGUGCAGGAAGGGGGUCAUGACCACAUUAGGCAAGUCUGCCCCGUGACAUUUCUCUCUGACUAAGGUCAAUGUCUUGGAGCAGAUGGUCAAUCAAGAUUGUGAUGAUGACAAGGAUUCAGGUCCUGAAGGAAUGUUGAGGGCUUUGAUAUCUCGUCUGUCAGCAUGGUACUCUACCUGCGUUACAUCAGAUAGUUAUGUGUUGUGUUAGUCAUCCAAGAAGGAACUUAACUGAUGGUCCAGAUAUCCUAUUUCAUAUAAUCAGUUUUAAGGAAUGGGUGACCAAAGCAUUAGGCCCUGUUAACAGUGUAUGGUUGGAUAAUUUUUUAUAUGAGUAUUCUUACAUGUAGCAGCAAAUUAUUUAGAAAUCUCAAAUGUCUUUUGGUCAUAAGUGGGUCAUGGUAGGAGGUAAACAUGUAUGUUACGAGUGUCGUCAAUUGAAGAGUGACUGAGUAGGGAUGAGCGCCAUCAAGUGGCAGAAAUUUCUCAGCCACCAGCUCAUUGUCUACUAACUGAAUACGGUUUCAAUACAAUUUCUGCUGCAUUGAUUUUUCUGCAAACAAUGAGCAAAGAUCAAACUUUGCUCCAAUGUAAUACUGGUAGAAAUGACGUCCCAUGCGUGUUGUACGACCUUUUACAAUUUGUAAAUUCAUGUGCGUAUUGCUGUUUUGGAUUAAAGAUAUUGUUCAAUUGUU